AUGGCUUGUUACCUGGUCAUCAGUUCGAGACACCUCAGCAAUGGGCACUACCGGGGCAUUAAAGGAGUCUUCCGAGGGCCCCUCUGCAAGAACGGAUCUCCCUCUCCGGAUUUUCCAGAAAAGGAGAAGUCCACGGCAAAGGCCCUGGAGGAUGUAAAGGCAAACUUCUACUGUGAAUUAUGUGACAAGCAGUAUCACAAACACCAGGAAUUUGAUAAUCAUAUUAAUUCUUAUGAUCACGCUCAUAAGCAGAGACUGAAAGAAUUAAAGCAACGGGAAUUUGCUCGAAAUGUAGCUUCUAAGUCAUGGAAAGAUGAGAAGAAACAAGAAAAAGCACUUAAACGACUUCAUCAGCUAGCUGAGUUAAGGCAACAGUCUGAAUGUGUUUCUGGAAAUGGACCGGCAUACAAAGCCCCCAGGGUAGCCAUAGAAAAGCAACUGCAGCAAGGCAUUUUCCCAGUUAAGAGUGGCAGGAAAGUGUCAUGCCUGAAGAGUGCCCCUCUCCCUAAAGGAAAGAACCUCCCCAGGAGCAUUUCCGAGAAACAGCGGCCUGCCGUGCCCAACCGCCACCAGUUACAGACAGACAGACUUUAUUUGUUUGGGAAGCGGGUGCCACAGACAUCGUCAGAUCUCAGUAAUGCAAAUCACCGGACAGGAGUAUCCUUUUCUUUUUCCAAAAAAGUACACGUAAAGUUAGAGUCUUCAGCAUCGGUCUUUAGCGAGAACACAGAAGAAACCCACGACUGUAACAAGCCACCCACCUAUAAAACAAAGCGGGCUGUGGAGCAGUGCAAGUGCUGCGGGUUUGCAAGCGCAGGGGCACCCCUCGCUAGGGAAGAAGCUAGAAGGAGCUCCUCAAGCCAUCUGGAAGGUGUUUCACGCAACAGCUCUCAGCUCCUGCAAGACAAAAACGACUCCACUGGAACAGCAGGAGACUCGACUGGCAUUCCCGCUUCCUUCUCUAAAACUAACACUCAUCUUUCAGCUGUGGAUUUUCCUCCUUCCAGUAGAGAAAAGGAAACUAGAAAAGCAUUGAAAAACCUUUCAGAAAACGGCAUUAAUCAUGCAUGCCAAGCAAAUGCCUCCUUCAGCCCACCAAACGUUUACAAGCACAGCGAUGCCAGGAGGUUUGAAUGUCUGGAUGAGUUUCCAUCGUUAGAGCCAAGUGAGCACAAGAGCCCAAUGCAUCUGAGUUCCAACUCCAGAAAGAAGAGGCAGAAAUCCGCAGAUGAAACAGAAAGAGUUAGCAACAACGUGCAGAGCAUCCUCAGAGAAGCAAGGUCCCGUGGUGUCAAGACCAAACCGUUGCCUUACCUGCACGUACGAAGCAAGGAUGGCCACACCACUCUCCAAUGGCCCACAGAACUGCUGCUCUUUACAAAAACAGAGCCCUGUAUCUCUUAUGGCUGCAAUCCAUUAUAUUUUGACUUUAAGAUUUCUCGGAACACGAAGGAUGACCAUGAGCCAGAGGACUUACAAACAGAAUUGAUGAAGGAGCCCUCGGAAAUGAAGACUAAAAUAGAGAGCCGAGUCUCAGGUUUAAUCAAAGGCCAACGCAGACUGAUCCAAGACGAUAACAAUCAACCUCUGAAACCAAAGAUGCUGACAGCUAAUCCAGAUUGGGAAAAUGUCCAGAGAAAUUGUCAUGGGGGAUCCAGUGAUUCUGAGCCAAACACGAGUGAACACAAUUUGAGUGCCAGUGAUUUAGAAACGAAAAACCCUGAAGUGCCUGCUUACCUUGAUAUCUCUCUGAAGAAUUGUGUAGGAAACAAUAAUAAUAGUGAUCAUGAACUUGAGGAACCUUUCAGGGCCCAUUGGCAAAGCUGCCAAAGGGUAGUUCUGAACGAUGCACACGAGGGCCUGCCUUUUGCUCCUUACAUCCCGAGGACUAAAAAACAUAAGCGGGUUCCCUGUGAUCCUCAUGCAGAUUUUGAAGAUGCAAAUCAAUCCACCUGGAAGACUAGUCCUUGCACAGUAGGGGGUCACAGUGACCAUGGGCAGGACUUCAGUGUGAUUUUGAAUAGUAACCACAUCAGUGUGACCAACAAGGUGCCUGGAUGUAGAACCCAAAAUGACAUGAGAAGCCCCCCAAAGGUGUCUCUAGAGAGACGCCCCAGCCCUUCGGAAACAUCCCCGGACAGCACGUCCAGCCUGAGAAGUACUUGUUCACGUCACAGGUCCAGAGGUCAUGGCAGAGGUCAAGUGCUCUCCUUUUGUAAAGGAGAACGCAGCUCGGUGAAACGGCACAGAGAGAAAUGCCGACAGCACGGCUGCCUCUGCUUGUCUGGUGAGAGAGCCAGGAGUGGCUGCCUGCAGUCUGAAACACAGCGAGAUAAGAACGGCAAGUUGUGGGAAUCCUUUAAAUACGAAAAAUACUCAAAGCACAGAUACGGUCACUGUAGGGAAAGAUAUAAACUGCGCAAAAGUCAACCACAAUUUUCAGGGCCCAAAUCCAGGAGAGUCACCCAAUGCGAUGCCAGCUCCCCGGUUUUCUGUGCCGGGAAUAGUGGAAGGCCAUCUGAGUGCCAGGGACCUCAGCACAGCCGGUUGGGCUCUUACUCCAGAGAGAGAAUUGAUCACUUAAAUAAAAGUGAAAAAAGUCAGCAGUCUUUGCACAGCCCUCACAUUUGUGAUCUGGGAAACGUAAAAUCCAUGCAGCAUAACUCUGGGAAAAUCAGCUGUCUUCGAAGGAACUGUUCCAGCCACCUCUCAGAAACCACAGAGUUAAACCUUACAGGAGGGGAGGAGACCUCUGUGACAGCCAGAAGCCUUCUAGAACGAGUUCAAGCCAAGAAGUGUCAGGAGCAAUCAGCUAACGUUGAGGUCUCUGCAAACAGUUGUACAAAUGAAUUCGAGCCUCAUUCGCAAAUCCAAUGCACAAUUCAAUUUACACCACCAGGUGGUCACAGACCAGCAAUGCCUUUGUCUGAAAAAAGACGAACCCCAAGUAAACGAACAAAUGACAGUGCAAUGGAAAGAACUAUUGAGACAGGCAAAAUCAGCAGUUCACAGACAAAUAACUUGACUGUUUUAGUAGACACUGAUUGUGAUCACCAUCUUUCCAAAGGUAUAGUUCACAUAGUAGCAGAGUCUCAGUCACCGAACACGAAAAAGAAGCCAACAACAAAAGAACCAUCAAAACCUUUUGCGAGUGAAGUCCAGCCUUUUAUUCCAAGCUGUGAUCCAGUACCACAUGAUUUCCCUGGUGCUCUUCCAUCUAAUAGAUAUGCUGGUGUUACUGAUCCAACAGAGACCAAAGAGGACCAAAUAAACCCAAACUUGCAGAAUGUAAGCAUGCACACCAAUCAUGCAGAGGGGGAUAUGAACCCUUGCUAUGACAGAGCUAUGCAGAAGCAUGACAGAUUAGCAGAAGAAUUAGAAUUGUGUCAUAAAUCUCUCUCUCCCCCUUUAAUUCAACAGCCAGUAACAUUUUCUCCUGAAGAAAUAGAUAAAUAUAAGCUCCUCCAGCUACAAGCCCAGCAGCAUAUGCAGAAACAGCUCCUAGCAAAGCAUCUCCGGGUGUUGCCUGCGGCCUCAGCUGUGCAGACAGUCCCAGUUCACCAGCACGCUUCCUUCACCACCAUCCACCACACGUUCCUGCAGCAUUUUGCUGUUUCAGCUUCUCUACACUCCCAGAGCAAUCACCUCCCUAUAGCUCACCUGCACCCUCUUUCGCAGCCACAUUUUACUCCAUUUACAUUUCCUCCGCUGACUCCAGCCCUCAUCCCUGCACACCCCACUUUCAUGGCGGGUCAUCCCCUACAUUUAGUCACUGCCGCCCCCUUCCACCCAUCUCACAUAGCACUUCAGCCCCUGCCCCCGGCAGCAUUCAUCCCCACGUUGUUUAGCCCUCACUUAAACCCAGCCACAGCUUCUAUCAUCCACCUGAAUCCUUUAAUUCAACCAGUUUUUCAAGGUCAAGAUCUUUGCCAUCAUUCUUGCUCCAGUCAGAUGCAACAGUAUAAUGGAGUGAAAGAGGCCUUAAAUGUGUCAGCGCACUUGAACUAA